CGAGGCACGAGCGCGACGCGGACGGACAAUCGCAGUGGACCGGGCGCGAUCAGUAGUCACCGUGAGUCGCGACGUGAGCACCGCGUCAGUCAGCCAGUCAGUCGCGAAUCGGCAACGACAACGGUCCGACCGAAAACGAAUACCCGUCGCCACCGCGAGAUCGCGAUUUCGCGCGCAACACCGGCGCAGGUACCGACUCGGCGCGCGCAGUACCCCAGUGAAAGCGAUUACGGUUGCGGCGGCGAAUUGUUUUUCAUAUUUUUAAACAUUUUUUUUUUUUUUUUUUCCUCUCUCUUAUCCCUCUCUCGCGCCCUGGACGUUUUACCGCGACCGACUCCGUCGUACCGUCCGUCGUUCGCGCGGGUUCGCGUCCCUCCGACCGCCGCUGUGCGAUCGUUUUGUGCGCUCGUCCCGCCGCCGCGGUGGUCUUUUCCGUCGAAGGAUCCGAGUUUUUCUUUCGCUACUGCAAAACACAACAUUCCGCUCCGUUUGCGCUGCGCUACCAUCGAACGAUUUGACGACAACAACGGUGCACCGUCCCGAAUGACCGACGACGACCGACGACGCCUGUAACGAGCGCCCGAACCACCGUCCAGCCUCGAAUAUAAUCGCCAUGAUAGUAUCACUACUAUCGACAUGGAGCUUCAUCAGCAUCACUGCGUUCGCGUCGCAAACAUUCGCCAAUACGUUACACGAGCACAUGAACGUGGACGACUUGAGGACGAUAUUUCACGUGGAACACCAUUCGCAAGUGCCCGUUUACGAGGUGAUCAGUCCGCACUCGAUCGUCAAACGGAACGCAGACGGUGCGCACAAAGUGCGGCUGAAGGCGUUCGGCGAACACCACAACCUGCAUCUGGAACCGUCCAGCGGCUUGUUGGCCGGCGACAAAUUGCGUGCGUGGACGGCUCACCACAAUUCCACCACGGACACCGUGCACUACACCGAACUGCCGAACGACGAACACAUCGGCGUACCGUAUCAAGACGUGGACAAACGGGCGGCGCUCAUCUUGCACAAUGACCACAAGGAUGGAACAAUUCUUAUGGAAGGCACGAUAGGCGAACACUUGGUGGUGAAACCCAUUCCUUCCGUGUACAGGAGACACGUUCAGUCCUCUCCCGACGACGAGAUGUUCAUGGACCAGGAGGUUCGGGACGGCGACGACGAGGUGUCCAGACGGGGGUUCCCGCUGAAAUCCGAAAAGUUCGUGGCCCAUCACAAGCACGUCGUGUACAGGCGGAAUCCCGAAACGGACCGGAACGCGGGAGAUUACGCACUAAUGGAACCGGAUUCGUUGCCAAAGAGCAGACGGAAAAGAUCGAUCAGCAAGAGGGAAGCGCCGUACGCCAUCUACCCGGAAAUAAUGGUCAUCGUGGACUACGACGGUUAUAGGUUACACGGAGGAGACAACGUACAGAUAAAAAGAUACUUCGUGUCCUUCUGGAACGGCGUGGAUCUCAGAUACAGGCUGCUCAAGGGUCCGAAAAUACGCAUAAGCAUCGCCGGCAUUAUAAUAUCAAGGGCGAGGGACGCCACACCGUAUUUGGAGAGAAACAGGGUCGGUAGAGAUGCUAUCGACUCUGCGGCAGCACUCACGGACAUGGGAAAGUACCUGUUCAAAGAACGAAGACUACCUGUGUACGAUAUCGCCGUGGCCGUCACCAAAUUAGACAUGUGCAGGCGACAAUACCCACACGAUACAUGCAACAGGGGUACCGCAGGAUUCGCAUACGUCGGUGGAGCGUGCGUGGUGAACAAACGUCUUGAGAAAGUCAACAGCGUCGCCAUCAUAGAGGACACGGGCGGAUUUUCGGGCAUCAUCGUAGCCGCGCACGAAGUCGGUCACCUGUUGGGCGCGGUGCACGACGGUUCGCCACCGCCGACUUACCUGGGCGGACCGGGCGCGGAGAAAUGUCGCUGGGAGGACGGGUACAUCAUGAGCGAUCUGCGGCACACCGAGAAGGGUUUCCGAUGGUCGCCGUGCAGCGUGUCAUCUUUCCAUCAUUUCUUAAACGGUGACACAGCUACUUGUCUGUUCAAUUCGCCGCACGAAGAUGAGUCUUUGCCGAGGAUGUUGCCGGGAAAACUAUUGACUCUGGACGCUCAGUGCCGGAAGGACCGAGGGACUAGCGCUUGUUUCAAAGACGACAGGGUGUGCGCUCAGUUGUUCUGCUUCGACGCGGGAUCGGGCUAUUGCGUCGCUUACAGACCCGCAGCCGAAGGGUCGCCUUGCGGAGACGGACAACACUGCACCAACGGCAAGUGCAUAACGGAACACGAGAACAUAAUACCGGAUUUCUCGCAAAACACUCCGGCCUACCUGCGCCGGUCCGGGGACGAGGGCGAAGCGACUCAAGACUGGCCUCAGUAUUUGUCUCCUAACGUGACGACACAAAGGUCCGUGUGGAAUGACUACUGGAGGACGACCCAGAAGUCGAUCGCCACCACCAAUACACGUAAUAACCACCCCCGACUAAACUCGUACGCGUUACCACUGAACCCUUAUCAACAACCGGCACCGCCGCAGGUGACCACUACCACCGAGACAUAUAACGACGCACGACACUCGUACAAACUUCAACUGGAACAGCUGCAAUUGCAGCAACACCAACUUAAACAACAACUACUCGGUAACAACAAUAACAACAACAACAACAACAACAACAACCAAAACGAAGACCCACUGGCACUUUUGCUUAAAAACAAAUACUAUCACACGGGGCCGCAAGAGUUGAAAACAGUCGGUCGACCACAUUUGUUGUCCAACAACAACAACAACAAUAACGGUCCACACGCUGACGAGUGCGUGGACAAAGCCGGAGCCGUGGACAUGCUGGGAGCCGUUUCCUGUUACGAUUACCUGACCAGGUACGGCGCGGCGCAGUGCUCGAACCCGUACAUCCGGGAGAACUGUUGCGCCGCGGUCAAGUACGUGUGCCACGGAGCGGCUUCGGCCGCGGGCGGUUUGCCGUCACCGCUGCAGUUGCAGUACGGCUGAAUCGUCGCAGCCCGAUCACGAGCAAAGCUGAUCGGUCGUCCUGGUCGUUCGCACAACCACAACCACCACCACCACCACCACCACCACCGCGCACACCACCCCAACGCUCGAAAACACGGCUCUAUCCGACGGAUAAACGAUAUGAUUAAUAUACCUACCUAACACAUAUAAUUUACGAUUUAAAAAACAAAAAAAAAAAAAAUAAAAAAUAAUAAUAUACAAUACAAUCUCUGUGAGAUUAAUCUAUUAUUAUUAUUAUUAUUAUUAUUAUAAUUAUUAUUUAUGCCUCGUUAUGUAUGUGUACUCGUUAGACAAUCGAUUUAUUGUACUCUUUAAGGGAUGAACAAACAUUUUUUUUAACAAAAAUCACUGCUUCAUUGUUGUUGUAUAUGUAUAUACGUAGAGUACGCAAGCAAUGUACCUCCUACCAAUAUAAUGUUACGUGUGUACACAUUUUUCAAAACAUACUCAAAUCUAUAUCAUUUUGUGUAUAUGUGAAUUUUUUUUUUUUAUUAUUAUUUAUUAUGGUUGCACUCGACAAAGAAACCAAUUUGUAAAACCAUUGUCCAAGAAUAAUAUAUCGAUUUAAAUAUUUUACAUUGUGAUAAGCUUGUACAUUACGUUUUCGUGUUUUGGAAUCUUUUUUUAUCCGAUUAGAUUGUUCCUUGAAAACUCUAGGAUAAAACUGGACUAAAAAAGAUUUUGAAACCACGACAAUUAUGUGAUUCAAAAUUAUAUUUUUGUUUAUUGUAUUAUUAAUUACAAUUAAUUAGGUAAAUGCAAAA